CACAACAAUGUGCAUGUACGCCACGUAACUUGUCUAUCAUUGCUGGCUCUUUCUACUUUCUCCAUCUAUUUUUCUCUCUCUCUCUCUCUGCCCCUCACCUUUUAUAUAAUAUAUAAGAAUGAAUGAGCAAGCUUAAUUAGAGCAACAAAUUAAUAUCAAAAUGGCUGUGGAGAUUGAAAGGGAAUCACUCAUAACUGAGGCUCAUAAUGCACCUGUUACUUCUCAGAGAAGGGUUAGAAGUGACUUGGAAACUACUAUUCCAAAGCCAUACAUGGCUAGAGCAUUAACAGCUCCUGAUACAACACACCCAGAUGGAACAACAGGACACAAUCACCACAACUUGACUGUUCUUCAACAGCAUUGUGCUUUCUUUGAUCAAGAUGGCAAUGGAAUCGUUUACCCUUGGGAAACUUAUAUGGGGAUGCGUGCUCUUGGAUUUAAUGUCAUUGCAUCAUUUAUUAUGGCUAUUGGUAUCAAUCUUGCAAUGAGUUAUCCCACUCUGCCUCACUGGUAUCCUUCACUCCUAUUUCCUAUCUACAUACACAACAUGCAUAAAGCAAAACAUGGGAGUGACUCUGGAGUCUAUGACACAGAAGGACGAUAUGUACCAGCAAAUCUUGAAAACAUAUUUAGCAAGUAUGCUCACACAGUACCUGACAAGCUGAAACUUGGAGAGAUAUGGAACAUGACUGAGGGAAAUAGAAAUGUAUUUGAUCCAUUUGGCUGGGCUGCAGCUAAAUUUGAAUGGGGGGUUCUGUAUCUUCUAGCUAGGGAUGAAGAUGGUUUUCUGUCUAAAGAAGCUGUCAGAAGAUGCUAUGAUGGAAGCUUAUUUGAAUACUGUGCAAAAAAGAAUGCUGCUAAUAAAGAGGCCAAAAUGGGUUGAAAAUGAAUCAUAUCAAUUAUUGUGAGUGUAAGGCAUACAUAUAUUUUAGUGGUGUGAACUGUGAUGUAACAAAAUAAAGAGGAUUUAUUAGGAACUUGAGGUCUGGAUUGACCAAUGUAAUUAAGUGUCUCAAUAAUGCACUAGUACCAUAUGACUGUUCUUGUAUAUGUUCAUGUAAGGUAAAUUAAUACUGUUUGGUUUUUUUUAUAAUAUUCA